AGUCUCUACAUUGAUCUUGAAACAUACCAUUGAUACAAUUAUGGAUGUGUUCUUUGAGACUCGGAGUGGCUUCACGUUCGAGAUUGAAUUGGGUUAUUGGGAUACAGUUUUGGAGAUCAAACAGAAGAUCGAGAAGUAUCAACAAAUCCCUGUUUCCAAACAAACCCUUUUCUUUCAAGGCAAUGUUCUUCAAGAUCAUCUUAAUAUCGAACAAUGUGUGAUCCUCAACCACUCUCGUAUCCAACUUUUCAUCUCUUCUCCCGACCAAAACCGUAACAAUCAAGUGUUCAAAACCGAGCAAUCUCCACAGUCAAACUCAAAAGAACAGAUCACUAAUAUUGGUCAUCAAGAUUCACCUGUGACGAUGCCAAUGAGCAACAACAACAACAACAACCCGAAGAAGCUGAGAGUAAUGGUGCUACCGAAAUGCGGGACUAGGAAGAUUCCGGUGGAGGUGAACGCAGGGGAUAAUGUUGGAGAGCUGAGGAAAGAGUUGGCUAAGAUUCAACAGAGGUUACAAUUAAGUCUGCCUCAAGAAGGGUAUUUCUUUAUAUACAAACAGAAUGUAAUGGACGAAAACCGGUCAUUCCGGUGGCACCGUGUUGAUCACGGCGACACGAUUGAGAUUUUCAACGGAAGUGAUGGCUACAAGUUCGAGAUUGAAUUGGGUUACUGGGAUACAGUGUUAGAGAUCAAACAGAAGAUCGAGAAGUAUCAACGUAUCCCUACUUCUAAACAAACCCUUGUCUUCCAAGGAAAUGUUCUUCAAGAUCAUCUUGAUAUCGAACAAUGUGUGAUCCUCAACCACUCUCUUCUCAAAGUCUUCGUCUCUCCUUACAAUAACCCUAAUCACAACAACGAUCAAAUGCUUCACACCGAGAAAUCUCCACCGUUAAACUCAGGCAAAGAGAUCGUUAACGUUCAAGAUUUUGCCUGUUAUGGUGAGAAGCAGCAAGAAAGUCGCGACGAGCAUAAAGGUUGGGAGCAACGGUUCGAACCGAGCAAUCUCCAGCGUCGUUAACGCUCAAGAUUCCCCUUGGAACCCUGUGAAGCUGACGUGUUGAUGCAUCUAGAUAUUUGGAAUCUCCCAAUAUCUUUCAUUAUUAUCUACAAUAUAUUUUUUAUUUAUAU